AUGACAACAGCCCAACGACUACAAUCCAAACACUCAUUUCCCUCCCCUCCUUAUUCAUCCUUCUCAAUGCAACUACUCCUUGUUCUUCUUCUUCUUCUUCCUCUCAUCCAAUCUCCUUUCCACUCCACCACCACAACCACCACAUCAAGAACGGCACAAUUUCAAAAUUUCGUUCUUGGAGAUCCUUCCGUUGUAACUCUCCCUUAUUGUUCCGUUCUCUCCGUUUCUCCCAAUAAUGUAGUCAUUCCAAGUGGUUCCAUGUUGACUCUCACCGUUUCUCAUCCCAAUGAUUUGUACAUGCCCACACUCUCCAAAACGAGUAUGCUUUCACAAUUGGAUGCCUCAACCUUUGCAUCGACUGCUAAAAAUUGUUUUUCUCUUGUAAAUGUUGUGAAUGUGAAUGAUUUUCUGACUGCGUCAGAUGUGAAGGUCGCCAAUAGUAAAACCAUGACUGUUGUCUUCAAUUCAGUUGGUACGAACAAACAAUAUAGUCUUCGAAUUAACAAUUGCUUUGCAUACACAAGGAGAGUGAUGGCCACCUUCAUUGAAUUCAUCCCACUUCCAGUCAUUGUUAUUCAUGGCUUUUCCACAGGAACGAAAACUGCUCUCACAUUUACACCUAGUGUUUCAAGUAGUACACUUUUUGCAUCCACAUGCAUGGCCAAUAUUCCAAACAAAGUAUUAAGCUAUCAACCAAUUAGUGGAACUGCUACUGGUCCAUCUAAUAUUGUGAACAAUCCUGUUGUAGAUAUGAGUUUAGGAUCGAGUGGAAAGUUAUUACUGGGAGGAAAAUGGAAUGCAAACGACCUCGAUAUCAUUCUCAAUCAAGUUACCUAUCAUGGUUACAAUUACAAAUUCCUUCAAGAUAUUCGUAUUGAAAUGAGAAAACCCAAUGCCACAUUCGUAAGAAUCCCUCUAAAAUUUAAGAGACAUAUUAGUCUAGCUUCUGAAUGGGUGACAUUGGACGCUUUCGAAGUCUUACCAAGAAGAGCAGCAGAUCCAUCCGAGUUGGAGUUUUGGUUUAAUAAUUAUUUUGUGGAUAAAACUGUUUCAGAUAUUCAAGUGACCAUAGAUCCAAAUGUUGCAACUGUGUCCAUUGUUGACGCAACAGGAGCGGCAGCUGUUACGGAUGUGAAUAUUUUAUUGACCUAUAAUUAUUAUCAAGCAACAUUUUAUGAUGUGGACAGUAACCCAACCUUUCAAUUUACAAUUAGUGAUGGAGUGUUAACUAGUUUUCUAAUGACACAAUACGCAACAAUAUUCCAAUGUGCUCUGAAAAAACGUAGAAACAUGUAUCAAUAUUAUGCACAAACUGUGUAUCAUUUCAUUGGAUACUCCUCUCAUCAUAGAAUGUUAACUUUCGACACAGCAAAUAAGUGGUAUAGUAUUGGAGCCUCAGUGAAUACGAGCUCUCCAAUGUUUUCACAAAACACAGUGUCUUUUUCAGACUUUGUCAAUACAAACACACAAAACCAAAAUGGAAUCAAGGUAACCUUAAUGGAAAGUGCUGCCACUGAUUAUGACAUCAAUUUUUACUCACAAAAUUAUUUGGUGUCCAUUCCUCAUCAUAAGGAGCCAUUGGCCACUUCUCCAUUAGAUUUCACAAUUUUAGACUCAACGGAUAUGAAUUCUGGAAUUCUUAUCACACAAGAAGAUUUUCAAUUACAAUUUCAACAAGAUCCAACUGCAAACUGUAACCAAGAUUUAGAUUCGAAUAUUGGAAAUCAAUUGAAGUACUUCUUUGAAUCGUAUGAUCACACCAUCAUCAAACUUCCAGAAUAUAGUCAAAGACUUAAUUUUUCAAGCAGCAGUGUUGCAUUAGGGGCUGAUAAAAAUUCUCUAGAAAUGACCUAUUCCAAUGUGGGAUAUUUUCAAGAUUUUACUAUUGAAAUGGACAUGUCAAUUAUCCAAUUUUUAGAACCAAGAAUCACAAGCAAUGAUUAUUCAUUUACAGUGAUUCCGGAUACCACUCCAUUCAUGGAAACAAAUGCCACCCUUCUCAUCAAUAUCACUAACAGUGGUGGUGUCGAAGGCACAUUUGUUUUGAAUGUCACAUGUGCAGCUCCAAUCGCCAUUGUAAAUACUCAGGGAGGAUAUCGAGUGCUCACCAUUGCACCAACAGCCACAUCUUCCGUUUUUAUCAAUGUCACUAGUGAAAUUAUCAAUUCCCUACAGCUCGUACCAUGCUCUGUUACCAUUCAAAUUAUUCGAGAAGAAUUAUGGAGCUACUCAGACAAAUCUCUCACUAUGCAACACAAUAUUACCAUUGAUCAUGGAUAUUUUGUACCUCGAUGUCAAGCACGAUAUUAUGAACCCUAUGUGUUUGUGGAGAGAGUUGAAUUAGUGAAACCAGAGUUUACACGUAAUUCCUCACUCUCUUUUAGUAACAUUGUCAUGGUGCAGCUAAAGAGUAAUGGAACCGAUCCAAUUUCAGCAACCAUUAAGGCUACUUUAGAUUCUAUCUCGGGAAAUCCAUUCCAAACCUAUGAUCAAUAUCGGAUGGCUCUUUCUCCCAGCAAUGACCCUACAAUUCUCAAUUUUACCAUUCAGAGCAACGCUGCAGUACAAAUUUUAACAGAGCGAUUAGAUCAGAAAAUCUAUAACUUUGUGUUGAACAUUUCUCUGUUAGAGGACUAUGUCUGUUGGUCCAAUGUGGGAAAAGGAGGAUUAUUCAAUUUUUCAUUUCAUGUCGAGUAUCAAUGUCCUUUGGGCUAUACAGAUACUUUGUGUGAUAUGCCAAUUUGUUUUGGACACAACUCUUCCGAUAAUGCAACAUGUAGUUCACAUGGACGAUGCGUUUUACCUGACACAUGUGAAUGUGACAACAAUUACAUUUCUGAAAAUUGUUCCAUUCCUGUUUGCUUUGGAAUUGCAUCCAAUAAUUCCAAUUCUUGUCAUGGGCAAGGCAUUUGUGUGAGUGCCAAUAAUUGUUCAUGUUUUGAAGGAUUUACAGGAAAUGAAUGUGAAAUUCCAAAAUGUUUUGGAAUUCCCGCUGAUUCGCCUCUUGUGUGUUCUGGACAUGGCUCAUGCCUUUUCAAAGACAAUUGUUCCUGUCAUGAUGGAUAUGUUACCGAAAAUUGUUCACUCCCUGUUUGUUUUGGAUACAACUCUUCAUCUCCUCAAGUGUGUAGCUCCCAUGGAGUGUGUCUCUCUCCCAACAAUUGUUCAUGCCAUGAGAAUUAUGUAUCAUUGAAUUGUUCCAUUCCUGUAUGUUAUGGAAUUAGAGCAGAUCAUGAAUCAUUGGUAUGUUCAGCGAGAGGACAAUGUCUCGAUGCUAAUUAUUGUCAAUGUAGAGAGGGUUAUUUGGGACAAAAUUGCAGUCUCUCUCUGUGUUUUAACAUUCCUUCAAAUGAUAGCAGUUUGGUGUGUACUUCACACGGAGUUUGUCAAGAUUACAAUCUCUGUCAAUGCUUUGAGGGUUAUGUUUCACCAAAUUGUUCAGAAUCUGUGUGCUUUGGUAUCAAUGCAACAUCUCCACAUGUGUGCUCCUCUCAUGGCAUGUGUAUGUCUCCAGAUGUUUGUGAUUGUGAUAUGAAUUAUAUUUCUGAAAAUUGUUCCAUUCCAGUUUGCUUUGGAGUGGCCGCCAACGAAAGUCACACUUGUUCAGGACAUGGCCAAUGCAUGAGUGCCAAUAAUUGUUCAUGCGAUAUUGGAUACACUGGAGAAAAUUGUGAAAUUGCAAUUUGUUUUGGAAUAUUGUCGAAUGACACAUUUAGGGUGUGUUCCAAUCACGGAGAAUGUGUUGCAUUCAAUAAUUGCAGUUGUCAUUCAGGAUAUAUUUCACAUGACUGUUCAGAACCUGUUUGUUUUGGUCACAAUGCAACAUCUCUUUUGGUGUGCUCCUCUCACGGUGAAUGUGUGGCUCCAAACAAUUGUUCAUGCCAUGAAGGUUAUGUUUCCUCAAAUUGUUCAAUUCCAUUGUGUUUUGGAAUUCGAUCAGAUAAUUUUUCACAUGUUUGUUCAGGUCAUGGCAUUUGUCAAGAUUAUAACAACUGCCAAUGUAAGGAUGGUUAUGUUUCACAAAAUUGUUCAGAACCAGUUUGUUUUGAUAUUAAUGCUACUUCAAGACUUGUUUGUAGCUCUCACGGAAAAUGUUUGGCUCCCAAUGAAUGCAAAUGUGAUGAAAAAUACAUUUCUGAAAAUUGUUCCAUUCCAGUUUGCUUUGGAGUGGCUGCAAACGAAAGUCAUACCUGCUCGAAACACGGCCAAUGCAUGAGUGCCAACAACUGUUCUUGUGACGAAGGAUAUGCAGGCGACAACUGCCAAAUUCCAAUUUGCUACGGUGUGUGGGCAAAUAAUACAGUCCAUGCAUGUUCUGGACAUGGUGACUGUGUGAGUUUCAAUAAUUGCAGCUGUCAUUCAGGAUAUAUUUCACAUGACUGUUCAGAACCUGUUUGUUUUGGUCACAAUGCAACAUCUCUUUUGGUGUGCUCCUCUCACGGUGAAUGUGUGGCUCCAAACAAUUGUUCAUGCCAUGAAGGUUAUGUUUCCUCAAAUUGUUCAAUUCCAUUGUGUUUUGGAAUUCGAUCAGAUAAUUUUUCACAUGUUUGUUCAGGUCAUGGCAUUUGUCAAGAUUAUAACAACUGCCAAUGUAAGGAUGGUUAUGUUUCACAAAAUUGUUCAGAACCAGUUUGUUUUGGUUUUAAUUCCACAUCUAUGCACGUAUGUAGCUCACAUGGUGAGUGUGUAGCACACGACGAAUGUUUGUGCGCUUCAAACUAUACUUCUCCAAAUUGCUCCAUUCCACUAUGUUUUGGAAAAAGAGCAGACGAUCCGUCUGUUUGUUCCUCGCACGGUCAUUGUGUGGAACCAAAUGUUUGCUCAUGCAAAACAGGAACUUACGGAUCUGCAUGUGAAAUUUCAGAUUGUUUUGGAAUUUUAAGCAAUCAAUCAAAUGCUUGCAAUGGAAAUGGAAUUUGCACUGAUUUCAAUCUUUGUGAAUGUUUCUCGAAUUUUACUGGACCCACUUGUUCCAUCUCUGCAUGUUUUGGUUUCGCCUCAAAUGAUUCUCGUGCAUGCAGUGGUGGACGGGGAGAAUGCCUUGGGCCCAAUCAGUGUCAAUGCCACGAAAAUUAUUUUGGAACUAAUUGUGAAAUUUCAAAGUGUUUUGGAAUUUUUUCCAAUCAGACAGAGUUGGUCUGUUCUGGAAAUGGACAAUGUGUGAAUUCUGAUCAAUGCAAUUGUACUGCUAAUUAUGUGGAUGCUAAAUGUUCAACACCUGUUUGUUUUGAUUUGAACACAUCUCACCCAAAUGUGUGUUCUUCACAUGGAGAAUGUGUGGCGCCAAAUAACUGCUCCUGUUCACCAGAGUAUACUUCUGAAAAUUGUUCCAUUCCAAAAUGUUAUGGAAUUCGAGCUGACAAUUUUUCACAUGUUUGCUCUGGACAUGGCAUCUGUGUGGAUGUGAAUACUUGUCAAUGUGACAAAGGAUACACGUCUCAUGAUUGUUCUGAACCGAUUUGUUUUGGAUAUAAUGCUUCUCAUCCUCAAGUUUGUAAUUCUCAUGGUCGUUGUGUUUCUAGAGAUAUGUGUGAAUGUCAUGAAAAUUACACAUCAGAAAAUUGUUCCAUUCCAAUUUGUUUUGGAAUUCCAGCCAACCAUUCCAAUCAUGCAUGUCAUGGAAAUGGAGUUUGUGAAAAUGCCAACAAUUGCUCUUGUUUUGAAGGAUUCACCAGUUCGAACUGUUCCAUACCAAUUUGUUUUGGUAUUCGCGCCGAUCACCACUCAGAGGUUUGUUCUUCCCAUGGCGAAUGUAUAGCUCCGAAUAACUGUUCCUGCAUGAAUGGAUACACUUCUCACAAUUGUUCCAUACCAAUUUGUUUUGGAAACAAGGCAAAUGAAGAAAAUGCAUGUUCGAGACAUGGAUUUUGUGUUGGACCCAAUCAAUGUGAAUGUCUUGAAGGAUAUAUUGGCUCAGAAUGUGAAAUUGCUCUUUGUUAUGGCAUUCCAUCCAAUGAUACGUCUCAUACUUGUUCUGGGCAUGGAGUUUGUGAAUCGUUCAACAAUUGCACUUGUGAUCCAGCUUUUGAUGGAAUGAAUUGUGAAAUUCAAGUGCAAAAUAAUCAAUCAGCAAGCCAUAACCAAACAGGUGCAACCAAUGCAACAUGUCCACAAGUAAAUGGUUUGGUUUGUUCUGGAAAUGGAGAAUGUCUACACAAUGGAACUUGUGCAUGUAAUGAAGGAUAUGUUUCACACAAUUGUUCAGAACCUGUGUGCUUUGGAUUUAAUGCCACAGAUGUUAUUAGAGUAUGCAAUUCACAUGGUCGAUGUAUUUCUCGAGAUGUUUGUCAAUGUGACAAAGGAUACACGUCUCAUGAUUGUUCUGAACCGAUUUGUUUUGGAUAUAAUGCUUCUCAUCCUCAAGUUUGUAAUUCUCAUGGUCGUUGUGUUUCUAGAGAUAUGUGUGAAUGUCAUGAAAAUUACACAUCAGAAAAUUGUUCCAUUCCAAUUUGUUUUGGAAUUCCAGCCAACCAUUCCAAUCAUGCAUGUCAUGGAAAUGGAGUUUGUGAAAAUGCCAAUCAUUGUUCUUGUUUUGAAGGAUAUUAUGGACCUCAAUGUGAUUUAGUGAAAUGUUUUGACAUUCUUUCUGACCAUGCAUCAGAAAUAUGUAGUGGAAGAGGAAAUUGUUCUCAAACCAAUGUGUGUCAGUGUGACACGAAUUAUUUUGGAUCGGAUUGCAAUCUCACAACAUGCAAUGGUAUUGUCAGUAAUCACACUUCAUCGGUUUGUAAUGGUCGAGGAACUUGUUCCAGUUUCAAUACAUGCACAUGCGUUGGUGGAUAUUAUGGAAAGUGGUGUGAAAUGUCAUUGUGCAAUGUAUCCUCAUGCAUUCAUGGACAUUGUGAAGGCUCGUCUUUUUGUCAAUGUGAUCCUCAUUGGACAGGUGACUCGUGUAUGACACCUACUUGUUUUGGAAAAAGUGCAAAUGAUCGCUCCGUUUGCAAUGGAAAUGGAAAUUGUACAGACAUUGACGUGUGUAAUUGUACAUGGAAUUACAAAGGAAUACAGUGUGAUAUUUUACAAAUUGGAGUGGACGAAUGUAAUUUAUAUCCUGUCAUGACAUUGAAAGAAUCCGAUUGGUUUCCAAAAUUAUUGAAUUUUGAUUUAACGAAAUCCAUAUCUAACAAUAGCACGGCCACUGCUACUCAGAAUGUGUGGUUACAUUCGAAUGUGGAAUUUAGAGAGAAUAUUCCAUACAGUAGUCUUCUCCAUUUGAAUAACAAGUUUAAUUAUCAACUGUUGAUUGAGAAUAAGGGAAAACGUUCCUUCCAAUUUAGAGUUCAUUCAUAUUGUAAAGAAAGUGGAUCGUUUAAGCAACUUGGUGUACCAUCUAUUCAUGAACAAGAAUUGUUACAAGGUGCAACUCAAACUAUUGAGGAUGUGGACUCAUUUGGAUUUGGAUUUUAUUUCACAAAUUCACAAUUUAACAAAUUGGAAAAUAUCACAUGUUACAUUCAUGCAGAGUUUCUUCCUUCUGGAAUGUUUGAAUCGUGCCAGAAUGCGGAUCAAUCGCAUCACUCUUUCAAACAAUUGCACAAUAUUUCGAUAAUUUUUGAAAACGUGAAUUCUUGUCAAUUUAUAGACGAAGAAGACGUAGCCCUGAGUUCACAAAUGGAUUCAUCGAGAUUGAUCAACACGUUUGAACAUUAUGAGCCCAUUUUUAAAGAACUCUUAUUGCAGCAGUCAACAUUCACUGAAAAUACCACAGUGAGUACAUCUCUUCAAAACAGUGAAUCACCAAGUAUUAUUGAAAUUAUGAAUAUAUUUACACAAAAGAGAAACAAUUGGAUCAUCACACCUUUUGAUCUCAAUAACAGCACCAUGAUGGCUGCUCAUUUGCUAUUAACAGCACAAGUUUCGAAUUUGGAAAAUCAAUUUGGAACCUUUCUUCCAACAUUGUACUGUAAAGAUGAAAGAAUUACGAGUGGUCUUGAAUUCACAGAACAAUUUAAGAAAACUCAACCUCCCAUCGUUCUGUAUAAUGAUAUGAAAAGUACAUUUUUCCAGUUUAAUGUCACCAUUCUAAAUUUUACUGGAAAUAUUGAUUUUGGAAGAGUGAAAGGAGGAAAGGAAGGAAUAGCUACUGUCUCCAUUGAUGACAUGGAUUUGAAUUGCACAUUAUUUCUCAUUCCUAAUCCAGAAACGUGUUGGUUGUCCACUUUAUCAACAUCAAUUCAAGAGGCUAAAUCAACCAAUUCUACGAAGAGAAAAUUUUUCUCCUUCGAUGACAAGAAGUUAUUUAAGAAUCUCAUGUCGAAAUUGAAAUUACCACUUGUCUCUGGAGAAUUUACCUUUCUUCAAGAAGUUAGACCUUUCGAAAUUGGUGUUGUUGCUCUCACUUACACGUGCAUGAGUUUGGGAUUUGCCUCAAUUUUAUGUGGCACAAAAAUUCCAAGAGAUCGAAAACAUUCACUUCUCCAAUUGGUCGAUUUUGUCAAUGAAAAAACCAGAAAGAAAUUAUUGGCCAAAUUCAACAAGGAUUCACAAGGACAGGGUGAAAGCGAACCCAUUGUGACAGAGUUUUUAUGUGAAAAUUGUGGUCACCGUACCUUGAAAAAAGCCAAAUAUACCAUUCAAGUGGAGAGUUAUCAAAAAGAAGUCUCCUUCAAUGUAUGUGAGAGUCAGAACUGCUUUGAUGCACUCUCUUCCAUUCACAAUAUUAAUUAUUCGAGUUGUUACAAAUGUUUUGAUUGCGAAAUGGGAUUGGAAUUGAAUGAGGCACCUUUUUAUGGAAUUAAUCUCGAUCAUCUCACGAGUUCUGACAUGAUACCUCCUAUCAUGUCUCAAUCCAUUUUAUUUUCCAAUAAUAACUACCCAAUGUCCACCACUGAACAUGUUGGUGACGACCAUCAUAUCACUCUCCAAGAAUGGAACAACAAUGAUGAACAAGUAAUUGAUCUCUUGUAUGGCGGUGAAGAGGGAGAAGAGGAAGAUGAUCAUCCCAUUCUCUACACUGCUUAA